UGCUAGACACGUGUUUAUGUUGAUCUAUGCUUUGGCGUCCUCAUUAGAAGUUAUGACCAACGGAUUAUUUAACUAUUAUAUAUUUAUGCUUGCUUAUUACUAGUGAGUAUCCUGUGAUAUUAUGAAACAGGUUGCUGUUGUUAUUGUGCAUUAUUUUCACGUGUGAUACCUUCUUGCAAUGAGAAUCAUGAAGAGACCAAACAUUCUUCUCACAGGAACCCCUGGGGUUGGAAAGACGACACUAGGCAAAGAGCUGGCUCAGAGAACAGGACUAACUUAUGUCAAUGUUGGUGAUUUGGCACAGGAGGGUCAGUUGUUUGAUGGAACUGAUGAAGAAUACCAGUGCCCUAUAUUGGAUGAGGACAGGGUUGUGGAUGAGCUGGAGGAUAAAAUGGGAGAUGGAGGUGUCAUUAUAGAUUACCAUGGCUGUGAUUUCUUCCCUGAACGCUGGUUUCACAUUGUUUUUGUCCUUCGCACAGACAACACCAAUCUUUAUAAUCGUCUUGAAAGCAGAGGGUACACUGGAAAGAAGCUCCAGGACAAUGUGCAGUGUGAGAUUUUCCAGACUAUUUAUGAGGAAGCCAUGGAAGCAUACAAGGAGGAGAUAGUCCACCAGCUCCCCAGUAACACUCCUGAGGACCUGGAGAGGAAUCUGGAACAGAUUAUCCAAUGGUUUGAACAAUGGAUGAAAGACAACAAUUGACAUCUAUAGUGGCCCCAGACACAGUACGGUUCUGUUGAGCAAGGAGUAUCAGUGUAUGAGACUGUUGAACGUGACUGUAUUUAAACACAAUUACAUAAUGAAUGGAAGAAAUAAAUAUUUUUAUAUUGUAAA